CUGUCAUUUCUGCCCAUGGGCUCGGGCUGCUGCUUCAGGUCCACCCGCGGCUCCAAAAUGGUCUCGUCACCCGUGAUGACAAGGAUGCAAACCUUCCUGCAGAAGGAGAUGGUGCGCGAGUUCCUGGCCGAGCUCCUGAGCACGUAUGUCAUGAUGAUAUUCGGCCUCGGCUCUGUGGCCCAUAUGGUUCUAGGAGAUCAAUUCGGGAGCUUCCUUGGUGUCAACCUGGGUUUUGGCUUCGGAGUCACCAUGGGAGUGCACGUGGGAGGGAACAUCUCUGGGGCCCACAUGAAUGCGGCCUUGACCUUCACCAACUGUGCACUAGGCCGCAUGUCCUGGAAGAAGUUCCCUGUGUACGUGCUGGGUCAGUUCCUGGGGUCCUUCCUGGCUGCUGCCACCAUCUACUGCCUCUUCUACACAGCCAUUAUCGACUACUCGGGUGGAUACCUGACGGUGACCGGUCCCACAGCCACCGCUAGCAUUUUUGCCACCUACCUUCCUGACCACAUGACAUUGUGGAGGGGCUUCCUGGAUGAGGUGUUAGUGACGGGCUUGCUCCAGCUAUGUCUCUUCGCCAUCACGGACAAGGGGAACAACCCAGCACUGCAGGGGACACAGGCCGUGGUGAUCGGCAUCCUCGUUGUCAUCAUUGGCGUGUCCCUGGGCAUGAACACAGGCUAUGCCAUCAACCCGUCCCGGGACCUGCCUCCUCGCUUCUUCAGCUUCCUUGCCGGCUGGGGCACACAGGUCUUCAGGGCCAGGGACUGGUGGUGGGUGCCAGUGGUGGCGCCGCCUCUGGGUGCCUACUUAGGUGGCAUCAUCUACUUAGUCUUCAUUGGCUCCACCGCCCCACGGGAGCCCCAGAUGUUGGAGAACUCCCCGGUGUAUGAAGACCGCAGGAUACCCGUGUUGCCCAAGACCACGUCUUACCCACCCAUGACCUCUUCCCUCACCCCCAUCUCUGUGUCCCCCAACAGCCGACCUUCAGUCCGGCCUGUCCCACCCUUAAGGGACUCCAUCCACCUAGAGCAAUUCUAAGUCAGAUGAUUUGUGACCCUAUCCCCACCCCAAUAAAGCAAGCCUUGUCCCACCGCAGCGCCCCCACUUCCUGGGGGCCUCCUGUGGUUGGGCUUCCCUCCUGGAUUCUUCCAGGAGUUCCAGGAUUAUGCCCUGGCCAAAGCGGGGAGCAUGGAGCUGAGAGGUCUCCACCUCCUUCCAGCCCUGGGAGCUGCGGUGCCCCCUGGGGGAGGAUGGGGAUGGGCGUGCCCGAAGCCCAGGAGGAACAAGAGGAGAUUAAAAGAUGCCGGACACAGAAUGGUGGACUUACGGGCACAGGGUGGGGAGGGAGGUUCUGGGGCACGGACAGCAGCUCGCUGGUGGGGGCUGAGCUCUGGGGAUGCCUUGAGCUGUCCUGGGAUAGGACUCUGGAUUGUCCCUCAGUUCUGGCCAGUCCUUGGACCAG